AUGAAGCCAGAACAACACGAACACCUGUCCCUGGACAGAAUCAAUAAAAUUCUGAUGUCCGCCAGAUUCGCAACUUGCAGCUACGAAACAGCGCAAACUUUGAAGCAAUUGAAAAAAGAGAUUCGAAAAGAAAAACCUGAAGAUCGUGGUAAAGAUGACAUUUUUCUCCAAAAGGAGAUUAAAACGGUUUUUAAAAGAUUCGAAUGUAUCAAAUACAAGUUUUUCCGGGACGAAAAAUCAAGUGGGGACGCGAUGGUCUUUCUUCUGAACGAAAGAGGCAUUCCCGACCGACCAAACGAGAAACGAAAGACCUACCUGGUCAUCUCGAUCGCCGGAACUCAUAGCUUUCGGGACAUCAUCCAAGAUCUCAACAUUUUCAAGAGAAAGUUCGAAGACACGGAGGCAAGGGUUCACGCUGGAUUCUACAACCAGUUCCUGGCGCUCAAGCCUAAAAUCAGAAACAGAGUCGAAGUGAUCCUGAAUGAAACUUUAGUCGAUGAAAUACUGAUAACCGGCCAUUCGCUGGGCGGCGCUGUGGCAGCGAUGUUUGGCGCUUACCUUGCGGCGGAAUUUGAAAAUCAAAAUUUUCGAGUCGUUACUUUUGGCUGCCCAAAGCCUGGAAAUUCUGAUUUCAGAGAACUCUUUCAACAGAGGGUGAAAAAGCAUCUGAGAGUGAGGGUAACAACAGAUCCAGUAACAUUGGUGCCGAUGCUCAUUCCCUGGUUCAGGAUCGGUUUUGUCAAUAUUCUCCUUUAUUUUGAAUAUUAUGAAAGCAAGAUGGAAACCAAAAGAGCCACACAUGUAAUGACAAUUCGUCGCAGGAUUUUCAACUCAGCGAAGACGAGAUUUUUACGCUAA